AUGGACGCGCUCGAGGCGCUGUGCGAUGGAGAAGGCAAUGUGCAGUGGGAUGUCUUCUAUAGAGAGCUGAGAAGGACGAACUUGGCAGCUGUCGCUGAUCAAGAGUGGGUGUUUAAGAUCAUGUUGGGCGCCCACACCAACGGCGCCCGACUCCACGUCCGUAAGCUGUGCGUAGUGUCCUCCUUCUUUGGAUCCCUGGUCACGGAUGCUGGGCUGCAGGCUGCGCUACGCUUUUACCGGGACAAGGUGGCAGGCAGACCUAACAAGCAGUUGGACAAGAGCACAGGGGACCGAGGCGUGUUCACGGGCGUUGACGUGCAGCACCCGGACUCGGGCGAUCGAGAGUACGCCACGCUGAGCGACGUCAUGGCAGGCUUCGAGGGGCUGGGCUACCACCCUCUCGACCGGCACAUCAUCUUCGGCGAUGGCGACUGA